UUAAAGGAGUCGCCCGAGGCUGCAGCGCGGGUGAUGUCAGCUCUCGACGAAAAUAGAGAGGGAUCGCCCGCAAAUCCCCAGCUCCAGCGGGGCUAAACCUCGCAAUCCCUCCCCGGCCGGCGCGGAGCCAGAGCGCAGGGGCCUCCGCCGCCUCCCCCGGCGCGCACACACCCGCACACGCGCGCACGCUCGCACUCCCCGGCUCUCACACUCGCCUUCCUCCCGCGGCCACCCAUCUCGGAGCCCGCCGGCCCCGCGGCAAAGCACAGGUGGCCUCGGAGGCGGCGGGGGCGCACCGUGGGCGUGCGCGCUCCUCCAGCCCCGGGGGACAGCGCGCGCUGCGGGAAGCCACCUUCGGUUCCCCCGGCGUCUCUCCGAGCGCAGCGGCGACGCGCGGAGGGGCGCGCUGGGCACGCGCGGGGGAGAGCUGGGACGUGGAUUAGCGCUCACAGGAUCCUCCGGCGCCCGUUGAGGCGCUAAAGGGCUUACCCCGGAGGGGGGCGGAAGGGCGGGGAGAGACUCCCCCUUAAAUAUCGCUCCCCGCCACACUCUCGAGCUCACCCGGCGCCCGCUCGCUCCCUGGCCCGCCGUUUCCGGACCGUGCCGAAGAGGAGGGGGCGUUCCCCAGACCAUGGCAUCCGCGGAAGGUGCCAACAAUAUGCCCAAGCAAGUGGAAGUGCGCAUGCACGACAGCCAUCUCAGCUCAGAGGAGCCGAAGCACCGACACCUAGGCCUGCGCUUGUGCGACAAGCUGGGGAAGAACCUCCUGCUCACGCUGACGGUGUUUGGUGUCAUCCUGGGAGCAGUAUGUGGUGGGCUUCUCCGCUUGGCCUCUCCCAUCCACCCUGAUGUGGUUAUGUUAAUAGCCUUCCCCGGGGACAUACUCAUGAGGAUGCUAAAAAUGCUCAUCCUCCCUCUCAUCAUCUCCAGCUUAAUCACAGGGUUGUCAGGCUUGGAUGCUAAAGCCAGUGGUCGCUUAGGAACAAGAGCCAUGAUAUAUUAUAUGUCCACGACUGUCAUCGCUGCUGUGCUGGGAGUCAUCCUGGUCUUGGCCAUCCACCCUGGGAAUCCCAAACUCAAGAAGCAACUGGGACCUGGGAAGAAGAAUGAUGAAGUCUCUAGUUUGGAUGCCUUCUUGGAUCUUAUCCGAAAUCUCUUCCCAGAAAACCUGGUGCAAGCCUGUUUCCAGCAGAUUCAAACGGUGACAAAGAAAGUCCUGGUGGCUCCUCAAUCAGAGGAACCCAAUGCCACCAGCACAGUCGUCUCCCUGUUGAACGACACUGUGACAGAGAUCCCUGAGGAAACUAAGGUGGUUCUCAAGAAGGGCCUGGAGUUCAAGGACGGGAUGAAUGUCUUAGGUCUGAUAGGGUUUUUCAUUGCCUUUGGCAUUGCGAUGGGGAAGAUGGGUGAGCAAGCCAAACUGAUGGUGGAAUUCUUCAACAUCCUGAAUGAAAUCGUAAUGAAGUUAGUGAUCAUGAUCAUGUGGUACUCUCCCCUGGGUAUCGCUUGCCUCAUCUGUGGGAAGAUCAUUGCAAUCAAGGACUUAGAAGUGGUCGCUAGGCAACUGGGGAUGUACAUGAUAACAGUGAUCGUGGGUCUCAUCAUCCACGGGGGCAUCUUUCUCCCUUUAAUUUACUUCGUAGUGACCAGGAAAAACCCUUUCUCCUUUUUUGCUGGCAUUUUCCAAGCUUGGAUUACUGCCCUGGGCACUGCUUCCAGUGCUGGAACUCUGCCUGUCACCUUCCGUUGUCUGGAAGAAAAUCUGGGGAUUGACAAGCGCGUGACCAGAUUUGUCCUCCCAGUUGGAGCAACUAUUAACAUGGAUGGCACAGCCCUUUAUGAAGCCGUGGCCGCCAUCUUUAUAGCACAAAUGAAUGGUGUUGUUCUGGAUGGAGGUCAGAUUGUGACUGUAAGCCUCACAGCCACGCUGGCAAGUGUUGGCGCCGCCAGUAUCCCCAGUGCUGGGUUGGUCACCAUGCUCCUAAUUCUGACAGCCGUGGGCCUGCCGACAGAGGACAUCAGCCUGCUGGUGGCUGUGGACUGGCUGCUGGACAGAAUGAGAACGUCAGUCAAUGUCGUGGGUGACUCUUUUGGGGCUGGGAUUGUCUAUCACCUCUCCAAAUCUGAGCUGGAUACCAUUGACUCCCAACACCGAGUGCACGAAGACAUUGAAAUGACCAAGACGCAAUCCAUUUAUGAUGACAUGAAGAACCAUAGGGAAAGCAACUCUAAUCAGUGUGUCUAUGCUGCACACAAUUCUGUCAUAGUAGAUGAGUGCAAGGUAACUCUGGCAGCCAACGGAAAGUCAGCUGACUGCAAUGUUGAGGAAGAGCCUUGGAAACGAGAAAAAUAAGACUAUGACCCUCAGCACAUUCUUGAAUAAAUUCCCCAGCGUAUCUUAUGGUAAAAGAUGAUUAUAAACAAGCUUUCUUUUAAAAAAGGAAAAAAAAAACCCGCAUCUAUUUCUAUGUUUACUUAAUCUGUUAGCUGAGGCUUAGAGGAGCUCUGGUGAGUCCGUGACGCCAGGCACGGUGCUGUGUCUUUGCCAAGUAACGCUUCAUAACUGGCUAAUUUUCUCACUCGUAUUACUGUUUGAAUGGAUGUGCUGGAGGAAUCCCUUUGAAUUGAAGACACAGUCUGGCCAGCUUCCCUUCUGUCUCAGUGCAGAGCUGUGGAUGCUCUUUUCCCAAGGGACAGUGACAAAAGCAGUGUGGUACACUCCGGGGGCUUGGGACAAUGAGCAUACACACAGCGUGUUAUUCCUCAAAGUGUUCCUAUCUCACCUUGUUACACACUAUAACAUAACCUGCUAGAAGCCCCUAGAAGUAACUCCCUUUCGGUGUCAUUUAGAGUUGGCACACGAGCUGAUUAAAAGUGAGUGUCUGUGUUACGGAAUUCAAUCAUCUUACCUUUCGUGUGCUCUUUGAGUUGAAUGUUUCAAAGAGAGUUUUAGUGGGGGGCCAUGCUUUUCAGGCAGCUGAUUGUGGAGCCCACUGCCUCUCUGCCCCAUCCUAUAUCUAAAGUUUAUGUGAAUAGUGCUUAAAAUUUCAAAAUAUGUGUCAUAAUUCUCUAAAUUGGAUACUGGGUGAGGAAGUAUUUUACAACCACUAUAUAUAUAUAUAUAUAUAUAUAUAUAUAUAUAUAUAUAUAUAUAAUAAACCAAGUGCAGAUGACAUAAAUUUUAACCAGAUUUAACUACCCAAAUUCAUUUGCAUUUUAUUUGUAUUCAUUUGGUACACUGAAACCAAAUGAGGUUAUGUGACCUAUGAGAUUCUCAUUUGGGUUUUUCCCAGAAAAAGGAUUCUUUAGAUCUCUGAAUCAUUUCCAUCAUAUUCUCAUCCGCCUCAUUGGCCUGAUCUUUUGUCCUCCACACUUGGAUGACACUUGUGUUAGCUGUGCCUCCUUCCAUGCCAUCCCUUGAAAAAACAAGCUUGUGUCUAAUGAAUAUGGAGAAGGCCUUUUGUUCUAUAGAAGCAUAUAAAACUAGUUACAGGACUGGAAACAAAACCCGUCUUCCUCCUCAGUUGGAAGGGAACAGAAAACAAACAUACAAAAUCCUAUAAAGGUGAUGUCCUUUUGGCAUAGUCCAACCAGUCUUGGUCCAUGAAGUGAGAACAAAGGGGAUAAAUAACUUCCCAGAUGAAGCUUUUUAAGGCUAUGAAAGUUUGAAGGAAUAAAUAAUCUAAUUGGCACAGCAUAGGGCCUUGCCUGUGGAACACAGCCAGCAAAUCCUUAAUGACUGGUUAUGCAAGCUCAAGUUUUGAAUGUCUCUACUAUUAUUUUCUGUCAAACAACCCACAGUAUUUUCCUAAGGUUGCUGGGUUGGGGAUUUAGCUGGGCAUUUGAGUCAUGGAGAGAUAAAGCACAAUCAAGUCUAAGGAGUAGGUAGAACCUUAGUCCCCAUGUUUAAAUCUGUCUGGUGUCUCCCAUGAAGCCAGCAGAGGGAUGCAGAAGUAUUCAUAAAUAUGUAUAGAAUCCAAAUUCUCUUAGAGUAGGGAGUGUUUGGCCAUCACCUACCCUUUAUUACCUAAUCCUUAGGACUUCUGUCUUCCAACCCAAACAGUUUUGAAACAUACAAAAUAUGCAAAUUAAGUUGUUUUUUGGUCUCUUAAAUCCUACUUAUUUCUGGAUAUGGAUCACUACUUAGCAGUAUUAAGCAGAUUUUUUUAAAUGGCAUUGGUCUUUGUUUUUAUAAGAUGGACAGUUAAUAGAAUGGGUAAGGCCACACUAAAAUGUAGCAGGGGGGAAUAAAUCCUUUAUAGUGUCAUGUGGGCCAAAGGGAUGGUUCUUGUCUUUAGCUGUGAAACCCAGAUUUUCUUUAAAUAGUACUUCAAGAGCUUUUUAUGGUGAGCACAAAGCUCUAGGCAAAUCAUCUAGGAGCUGCUUGCUUUUUUUGCUGUAGAAAGCCAACUUGACAUUGUACACACCAGCAUGUUUUGCAAAAGAGUGAUCAUGGGAUCAUCUUUGUCUCUGCUUGAAAACAUUUCUGGUUUAUUUUGUCUUCAUCUUUUUCUUAGCUAUGCUAUUAGCCUGUGACUAAGUAAGGGGACAGUGUGUUCAAGAGAAAGAGAAUUCACAGCUUCACAGAGCAGGCUUUUCUGACUUGAGGCUGUAUACAAUGUCUGAUGAGAAUACACUUAGGAAACCAAUUUAUCUGGAAAUUCAAUAAAUUAUAUUAAAAUGAAAUAGUAUAUCAAAUUCAAGAAUAGCCUGACUAUCUACACUGCAUGUGGAGCUGACAUAUGAGUAUGUCUUCUAGCGUUUUAGACCUCUUUUAUUCUUCCCAUGCCAUGCCCAUUGGGGAUUCUUUUGUCCAGAAUAUGUGCCAUAAACAAAACAAAUGGACCCAGAGUAUACCUCUAAUAGCCUUGACCUAAAUGGAUAACCUGUCAGUUAUAUGUAGAGAUUUAUACUAAUGGGCUCAUCACAGAUACAAACGCUUAUAAUAGUCCAUUAAUAUUUGAUGAUAUAUAAAUGUUUGUAUAUCUAUGUAUAGAAACAACAGGUCAGGUAUAUACACUGCAUCUGGUAAGGUUUAUAAAUUGGCAUUUUGUCAGUACCAUUUUGUCAUAGGUUUAUUUACUUUUUUAGGAAUUAGAAAUAUGUUAUUUGUAAAAGUAUCUAGUCAAGAAGCAUUUCAGGACAAAAUCAACUCAGUAGAGAUUCAUUCUUCCCUUUCUUAUCCUUGCCCUCGGGAAACCCAAGUAAACUCAUCAUUUAAUUAUUCACUAAAAUUAAACAAAUCCAAUCCAACCAGGGAGAAGAUAGCUUAUCUUUCAAAAUAAUGUCUUCCUUAGAUGUUUGAGGAUAUGUUCCCCAUUAUAUGGCCCAAAAAGAAGUAUAUCAGAGAAUCCAGGCAACUAUCUUAUUUAUGUAAACAGAUCGUCAGUAAAGGACUUUAAGUGACUUGAGGACCUUAGGUAGCUAUCAGAUUCUUUUUCUCUUUUCCAUCUCAUUGAGUAUUGAAACCCAGCCUGUUGUCUCAUUGCUUGUUGAAGUUACUAUACCUGCAAAAGACAAAUAUUUGUUUCUCCUCUCCCACCAGUAAUUCCUCUGGAUGUGCACUAAAGCUUAAGGAAAGGGUGCCAAAUGCCUAGUUCCUGGGUUUAGAUUUGUGGAAGCUGAGAAAGGAUUGAGAGAAAUUUAGUUCAUGGAAAGAUUUCUGCUAGCUGAUGCCAGAAGUCCCAAUGAUCAAUUGAUUAGACCUCAGGUCAUUUCUACUUGUGCAAGAUGAAAUAUAUUAUUUGUAAAAGUAUCUAGUCAAGAAAUCUUUCAGAGGUGAGUGGCUGAGAAACUUAUCUUUUGCCCUCCCAAAAGGAAAACCAAUCCCACCUGCCAUGUUUCUCCAAAUACCACACUUCCUUUUUCUUUUAAUAGCAAAAAUAUAUUAUAAUUGUUUUGCUUCUGUUAGAAUCAAGACUUCUGCCAAUGCAAUAUCUUUCCAUGAAGUACAGCAAUAAACCCAAGUAGGUAUGCACAUGGCUCUAACCCUUGAAAAACAAGUCUCAGCAGCUCUUGCCUGGUUUGUUGACUAAAAGUGUGCAGCAGUUACACCCCAGGAGAGGUGGUUCCCCCCACUUAGCUAUCUCUAAUUCUCAGGGCCUUCAGUUGUCUACGUCGCUGGUAUUGCUUUGCAUAUUCUCCAGGUGAACUCAUUCCAAGUCAAGAAAGGGGACUGGCUGAGAUUUUGUGUUAUAAUCAUACUUACUCUUUGAAUAAGGACAUUGGGAUCUGUGGGAAAAGAAGAUUAAGUUAAAGCAGAGUCUGAAGUAAGUGUUAAAUAAAACUAGUUGUUAGAGAAGGUGGAUGUAUCUGUUGUAAUUUCAAAUUAAACCCAGUAGAAGUUACCAACCAGACAGGUGACACAUGUGGCAGAUUGUUCUCCUUGGAGGGAGGGAGUUCAGAGAUGCUCAUAAACACUAGUUUUGAUGAUUCUAAAAUAAAAUUUUACUUUCCAUUCCUCCUUUUUUUUAUUCCCAUUGCUUAAGAGACACUAUAGUAAAUGACCAGGUAGGUUAGUCUGAGGAUUCAUUUUACAACAGAUAAUAACCUGAAUUGGAUCCUAUCUAAUAUGGCAUAACAUAAUUCAUGCAGUCAAUGACACAGAGAUGAUGAGAAACAGCAUGGUUUGGUAGAAGAAAUGUUUGGCAUAGGCUCUGCACAGUUUUAACUGUACGAUUUACACAACCCACUUUAUGUACAAAGCUUUAUUUUCUGCUAUUUGAAAGGUGAAAGGGUUGAAUUAAAUGAUUAAAAAUCCCUUUAUAGCAAUACACAUCCCUGAUAUUACAAUUUCUAUUUUUUUAAGAGACUAACAUCUCUAAAAUACUAUUGUUUGUAUUUUAAAUCAGCAUGUUACAGUCUAACAAAUAAUUUAUUUAGAUUUUUCUCUUUCCCCUUUUUAAACCUGUAUUUAUUUUAUGUUUACACCAAGCUUGGCAAUGGUCAUGUUAAUCUAUCAUUUGAGACACCAGUGAAGAUCCUUUUAUGAAAGUUCUCUUUACCUGAACUCACUGUCCUAGUACAAGUGAUUCUGCUCAGGGAAAAAUGUUGCCAGAGUCACCGUGAGAGACCAGAUGUGUCUACAGUUGUCCUUGAUCUCUUGCAUCAUUCUUGGUGUAGCAACAGAGCCCAUUCCAAGUAUCCAAACCACAUAAUUUUAUCCAAACCCUCCUAAUUGCCAACUCAAUAUGGGAAUCUGGGAGCCUUUGGCAAAUCAACUUGAAUGCUCAUGAAAUUUGGUGCAAGACUUACACAAUCACAGCAACUGUCUGUAAAUACCUUCCCUCCACAGGUAUGCAGACAUGCACAAUCCAUGUACAAGUAAACUGGGCUGAGUGCUUUCUCUGGAGGGAAACGCAAGGAUAUUUGAUUGAAAUUCAUUUGCAUAUUUUCCACCUGAUUUUCUUGUAUAAUAGGCAUUACAUUGCAGGUACAGAAGUUCUAACUUACAUGGGUGAAGUUUUGCUAUCACUGUCCUUUUCAAUGCUUGUGGAAUUUCUAGUGAGUAGGAUAACAAGUGUGGUCCACAGGGUGCCUGAUACCAGCCAUGACCUUCAAAGAACCUUCUGUACUUUCUGGCAUUAUUUCAGAGGGCUCCUGCUUGCAUUUUUGCCCUGUAUCCACCCUUGUACUAAAUAGUGUUGGUAUUUCCUGUGUAGUAACACCCUUAUUGGUAGAGAAGACGUCAGUUCUUCAGGUUUGAGGAGGUAAAUCUAGGACUAGAUUGAAGAUUGAGGUUUUUUAUUUGUUGUUAUUUUUGUUGUUAAUGUUGUUUACUUGGGGUUUUUUCCCAUAAGUUUAGAAGACCUGAUAUAAGAGCAGCAAGAUAAACAGUUUCUCAACUGAUUCAUUGAAGAACCUGUAGGGAAGCGAGACAAGUCCCUAAACUCACAUUCCAUUUACUCUACUAUCCUGAAUACUGUUCAGUUUUUUUUUUCCUUCCUAUGUCCAGCCUUGCUUCAUCUUCCAAUUUCUGAGCCAAGUCUCUAUUUUAAUAUUUUAAAAAAUCUUUCUGGUUGUUAUGCAGGGCUUUUUUGUGCUAAGAAUAAAACUUACUACUGGAACAGACCUUACUGCUUUGCACAGUCAGCAUUUGACCUUGACAAUGGGUCACAGCAGGUCCCCAGUUCCUCUGGGGACACCUCCAAUCCCUGGGUGAGUGUUGGAACCUAACAACUGACUGUUACCCUUGUCAUCAUUCCCAGGGGAGAUGGGGAUGAUGCAGCCAGGGCCUUGCUACUUCUGGGGCUCUGUUUCUUCUCAUGGCGACUAUUUAGCCAGCCUGGAAACAGUCUGUUGCCUUUGAUAGGGGACAAACACACACACUAGCCAAAGAAGUUGGACCAGCACAUCUCUGAGGUUUCUUCCCCUGGAGCAAAUUCUCUGAGAUGUACAAGCAGAAAGUUGGCUCUCUGGUGACUUACGACACUCUGAGAGUACUUUCCUCACGAGGAACUCAUCCUUUGGCAUCCAGAUUCUUCUACAAAUCACCUUAACUCCCUCCUUUCCUCCUUCCCCUGAAAAAUCUCAGCAUUGCAUCUCCAUUGCACAACACAGAUCAGAUUAUCUGGUCGCUAUAGAGAUUUGUAUAUAAAAAAAUACUUUUUUGAGAAUUUUUUAUAUCGUUUUUCUAUUUGUUUUCUACAGCUUGAGGAGAGAGCUGGCAAACUGUGAAUCUAAUUUUGUCUUGCUGCCAGCAAAUAUAUUUUGGUUUCCUGGUAAGAGUCCAUGCUACCAGGGACAAUAUAUUGUUAUCUGAUCAGUAUUGAAAUCCCAAAUUACUACAAAUUACUUCAGCUCAGUCUUACAUUCUUUCUUCAACAAGUCCCCAAGCUCCUUUACCAUUAUUUAUUUUUUAAAAAGCAUGAGAAUAUUUAUAGUCCUGGAUAUUAUAUGUUUAAUAUUAAUUUAGUCUUUAAUAAUGUUAUAGGUUUAUAUCUAUUCUUCAGAAAUCAUAAAGAACUCAGUGGAAACUGAAUUCAUCUAUUUAGUACCGUAAUUUUGCAGACAGAUAUUUUCUUAUGGUAUUUUCUAUAGAACCACAUAUUUAGAAUUGUAACUAAUAGAGCACAAGAAGUUUCUACAACAACCUACAGCUAUCAGUUGUUUUCUGAGCAUAUCGCACCAUUGAAAACCUUUAAGAACCCAGUUCUCAGUGAUGCAGUGAGGAUCACCAUCCAGAACAAAGAAUUGCUUCAAUCAGGUGAUUAUUCUAACUUGAGGAAUGGUGCUGAUUUUUAUUUUGGACACCAGGCCUUGUUUUUCCAGCUGAGCAUUCUAACUGUUUGUUUUUCUCUGAGAUCACCAAAAGCAAAAGUGAUAAAAGUAGAAUCAUCUCUACAUCAGAAUCUCUCAUGCCUUUUUAAAUGUUUAUGUGAAAAUUGGCUUAGAAAAAUUUUGAGUUGCAAAGACUAAGAAUGAGUGCUGAGAAGGAAAUCAGAACAGAUUCAUUGCAGUUCAUUCUUGCUAGGCAAAAUGACAAUAAAUGUCACAUUGCUAAAUGAAUUGAUCAUAUGUUUUUAAAUAGAAAAUUUGUACUGGUUAUGAAGCAAUACUGUAUCACUGAGGACUGGAGGUAGAUGUUAAGAGUCAUACUGAAAUUGCUUAAGAAGCCCAGGUAGUUUUUGUCCUCAGGUGAAUAACAAACUAGGUAACCUUCCCAACAGGUAAGUCAAUAGCCACUGAAAAGACGAGGUGUCUUUCCUCCGCCAAACACGUUUUCUGAUAUGGUGGUAGGAUUAGUGUUUUUACCAUGUUUUAAACUGUCGUCAGUUAUAGAGCGAGUGUACUAGUAUGUAUUUGAACCUGCUCCUCAUUCAGCAAACAGAUUAGAUUUGCCCUCAAAUGGCUAAGAUUGUGUCUGUUUUCAAGUACAGCUAGUGUCAAAGCAUGAAGUUCUUGUGUGCACACACUGACGCUUGGUCCACGCAUGAAGAACAGUGCCUAUGCACUUUGUUUAGCUAUAAUGUAGGUAUCUCUGUGUAAUUUCAGUGAAACGGUGUGUAGAUGUAUUGUAAUUUAAUUUAAUGUUACUUUUGGCUGUUCAUCUAGAUGCAAUAGACAUUUUGAUUGGUGUUUUGGAAACCCCUCUUUUUCUUCUUAAAUACCUAGCAGUGAAUCACUUCUACUCCUCCAUAAUGUGAUUUGGGGAUAUAUAUCAGUAAAGAACUUAUCUAUGAAUUCAUUGUACUGAUAAUUGUUUGAAUGUAUGUAUGUGUCCAGCACCUUUGUAAAUAUACAGCUCAGAGCAGGGAUGGGAUGGAUGUGUAUCCUGGUUCUUAAUGAAAGGCAUUCGAUAUCUGUGUAAUACUUGGUGAAUAUAACUGUGGAGCUUUUGAUGAUCUAGGCUUAGGUAGACAUAGAAUGAAGAUAUUCAUCUCAAGUCCUUUGCUUGUUGGGUGGAGCUCAGAGACCCAAACACUGGCCUUCUCUUGUGCGUGUUAGCAUCAUGUCUUUGGGGAAGGAUCAGCCUCUUUGGUUGCCAGAUAUUUAUUGUGAUGCUGAAAGUCCUCAAAAGCCUUGUCCCAUUUGGCUUCUUGAGUCAGAAUGUGAGAAUAUUUACUGACUAGCUGCCAUUCAGGUUAAACUCCACAGAAGCACAGUUCUGGCAGAAAAUGGCACAGUAGCCAUAGAAAGAUUGAGCACUAGAAGCACAGGAUCAGUCGGUGUACAAUAUUGGAGGUUGCAACAGGCAACUGCUGAAGCACAGAUCCCAUAUAUGUGAAGGGAGUGUGACCUUCUCUACCCACGAGCGUGUGUGUGUCUGGAAGUGACUGAAGAUGAGAUUAACAAAUGCAAUUAUACGCUUGCCUCCAAAAACACAUUCCCUCUAAUUAACACUAAAUGCAAUGUCUAGAGCUCCACGAGGACAGAGAAGAAAUAACAAUGUGCCAUAGGAAGCACUGAGUGCCCAUCUGUUUUUCUCAAGGAGUUGAAGCCCAAGACCAUGAAGGCAAAGCCCAUUAAUUUGCAAUGGCUUCUUCAGAGUGGAUUGAGGGGAUAUGGUGGAUGGGCACUUUUUUGGGGGGGGGAAAUGUGUUUUCUUCAAAUGCAAGAUGAAAAACUUAUUGAAAGAAAACUAGCCUUUAGGCAGUAUUGUCCUUGAAGAGUCUUAUAUAUCCAGAAAGAAAGAUGAGAAUAAUUGUUUCCUUCAUGUUCACAAUUCCCAGUGAUCUAAAGCCGUGUGGUGUAGAGCAUCUAUAGUACAUUGUAUUUAAAGACUAAUUAAUGCAAAAGAUAAAAAGUUCAACUAAUUUUGGGAUUGUUUCUUAUAAAUGGCACUAGGAAAUACCUUGCUGGCAAAGCACAUUUUGGGUAGAUGAGGUCUUUCAUGUUCACCUUUAGGUUUCUAUGCUUUCUUUCAAUGUGGACUGAUUUCUGUAACAUUUCUUGUGUAAAAUUACUGAAUAUUCUUUAUAUGGUGGAAGUAACCUGUGAGUUCAAAAUUUCACUAAGUGUUUUAACCUUUGUGUAUAUAGUUCUCAUCAAUAAAUGUGGAUUUCAGUUUC